CCUGAGAGAGAAUGACUUCCUCCAGUGUCCAUAGCAACAUCAUGUUUCUCAGCAACCGGGAGAUGCUUGUUUGUGUUUCCCCAUUCUAGAAAUGUUACCUCGCAGUAGAAGAAAAAUGGCCCUUUGAAACAACGAUCAAGGAAGUUCUGUAUUUAAUUAUUCAGAAUAUUUAUCACUCUUCUGUGUUUUGAUUGCUGAGACAAUGUACAGUGUCUUGAGCUGAGCCUUUCCUGUGUAUUACUGUGAACAGCAUUCAUUUAAAAGCAAAAUCUUUUAGAGUUGUGUCUUGAAAUCAGCUUUUAACUACUGAACAGCUUCCACAAUACCUUGUGACUUCUAGGCCUUCGGUAGGUAAUAGAGAAAGGAAGUCCAGUGGCAUCCACCUAUUCUAAGCCUUUCUGUUAUGGAUCCAGACCAGCAAGAAGCUCUAAAUGCCAUUCAGAAUUCUGUCUACAGAACAGCCCUGAAACUACGCUCAGUGCAAACCCUGUGCCAGUUGAGUUUGACUGAUGUCUCCCUGAUUCAGCACCUCCUGCCAAGCCACCAGUGUCAGAGGGAGAAGCAGAGCUCCCUGACAACACAGCAGCUACUGCAGUUGCUGAAGGAGCUAUUCCAGAAAGCCAGAUUAGAUAAGCCAGGCCAGGUAGAGCCACAAGCCCCUGAGCUCACCUGGAACCUGCUAACUGCCAUGUAUGACAGGACUGGAACAGGUUUUAUAAAAGCCAGAUCGGCUGCAGCUGCCCUAAUUGCUCUCUCAGGAGACAGUCUGCUUACUAAAUACAAAGCUUUGUUUCAACUCUAUGCUGAUCCCAAUGGGAAGGAGACCCUGAUCACUCGGAGGGCCAUGAGGAGCCUGCUGUCAGACUUACAUCAGAUCCCAGCCAUUGUGGGAGAAAGCUGUGCUCAAUCUUGUGUGGAAAUUGCUAUUCGAAGCUGCUUCCAUGGGGUUCUGAACUCAGCAAUCAGUGAAGAGAAAUUCCUAUCUUGGCUACAGUCUGAACCUGGCCUUCUUCUGUGGCUUCCUACCUGUUAUAGAUUAUCAGCCACUGAAAUGGUUAUGCAUCACGUUAGAUGUAGCAUCUGUAAGAAUUUCCCCAUCACUGGACUAAGGUAUCGCUGUCUGAAGUGCCUGAAUUUUGAUCUUUGCCAAGUCUGCUUCUUCACUGAGCGUCAGAGCAAACCACACAAGAGGUCACACCCUGUGAUGGAGUACUGUGUGAAGCAGAUGUCAGCAAAGGAGAAUGCAAAGAUCUUUUUUCGCACUGUCAGAAAUAACCUGCUUCAAGAGCGCUGCAGAAGGAAGGAGGCUCAGAGAAGGCAGAUACUGGAAACGAUGGAGGGAGGGGACUUUCCAGAACAUGAGCAAGCACUGCCCUCUACAGAGCUCAGCACCUCCCCACAGCCUGCCCAUCAUUACCUAUCCUCCCCAGAAAACAGACUGGCCCCAGAGUCAUCCAAGCACUUAGCUGAAAAGGGGUCUGCAGUGCAGCAGAUUGAGAAUGACAACAGGGCACCAGCACAAGACAAGACAUCAGCUCAGGCAAUAGCCUCUAUUAAGGCAGAAUUGUUAAAAGCUCAUGAAUCCAUCAAAGCCCUUCACAGUGAGAAGAGGUACCUGAGAAAGCAGUUAAACAAAUGGAAAGACAAGGUGCUGCUCCUCCACAACUCCCAGGAAGACAAAAGCUGCAGACUAGAAGCAAAGCUCCAAGUCCUGAUAGCAAACCAUGAGAGUGUGCAGAUGGAGCUGCAGCAAAUGAGGCAGGAAAUAAAGGCAAUGUUACAACCACCAAACCAUCCUUCAUUUGUACUGUGUCAAAAUAUGAUGCCAAAAAGUGAGGACCCCUGGAAUGAAAGAAAGCUUCACAAUGGAUCAGAUUCAGCUCUGGCAAAACCCAUCCCCACUAGCUUCACUGAGUUGAAAUCCCUGGAUCCCUCCUCCACUGCAGAAAAAAGGCAGUUACUACAGACUCAGACUGAUCCAGCUGCAAUGAACCUGAGAUCAUCAGGUACCACUUUGGGGUCAAUAUUCCUGCAGAAUGGCAAUCCCCUAAUGAGACAGCAUGAAAAAUCAAAAGAGAAGGGAAUUCCUCAGACAGAUCAGGAGGGGAUAUCACAACCUGAAAGGACCAGGAACCUUACCCAGGGAAUUAUGACCACAGCUUCUAGUCCCACUGCAGCAGAAUUGCCAUUUAAUGAGAAGGAGGUGAAUGAAGAGAAGGAACUGCAGCAGCUAGUGCUGAAGCUGAAGGAUGCUUUAUCUCUUCAACUGCAACCAGCUCAGCAGUCUGCUAUAAAGCAGGAGUUGGUCUCCUCAGCUGAGCAUGUUUGCAGGUCCUUCUCUGACCUCAUCAGCCAGGUGACUUUGCCAGCUUGGAAGUAAUGGAACGCCGGUAUUAGCCUUACUACUUCAUUGCACUAUUGCCCAGGGCCAAUCCUGCUCCCAGUGAAAUCAAUGGCAAAACACCUGUUGACUGCAGUGGAGCAGGAUAAGGUGCUACCUGAGGGAAACAGCUGCCCUUGUACAUCAUCAAAAUGAAUAUGCACGUGGGUGUUGUUUAUGGACACUCUUCCUGGAAAAUUAACUUUGAGAACAUCUGUUCACUUAAGGUGUGGAGAAUGUUUGGGUUUUAUUAACCUAUGAGAAAAAACUGGAAGCUUGAAGUUUGGAGGUCCUGGAUUUUUUAACUCUUUACAUUUUCUUUUUAAAUAGAAUGAUGUUUUGGCUGCUGUUUGUGCUGUGUUAUAUGCAUAAAAAAUAGUUAAAACAGAGCAAGUACAGCUACUUGACUCCAAUCCUGCAAUUGAAUCCAUACAGGCAAAACUGUUGACUUCAGUGGAGUUCCGUGUUGGUUCCCUGCUCUGCCUGUAUACGUCCAGUUGCAUGACUGGGCCGUAUUCUCCAGCAUGCCCCCCAGACACAGUUUCAGUAGCUCAUGCACAUGAUAAGGUGGCUAACACUUUAUAAAUCAUGCAGUUUAUUAAAGAGACUGAAUUCAUGGGCAUCAUUUAAAAAAAAAAGCCACAACAGGGCAAAAAGUCAAAGCUAACCCAAAGGUACAAUGUUGAUAGGUACAGACAUUCCCCCUCCACCUAGAGCAGCUUUCCAAGGAAAAUUAAAAACAAAAGCCAAAAGGAAAUUGUUUAAAAAAUAUCCACUGUACAGAUAAACCUCAGACUAGACAAAUUGUUUCCUCUUUAUCCCUAGCCCCCCAAUAACUCUUCGGAGUAAUGCAGAUCCACUCUUAUGCACAUGGAUGCUUAUUAAGUCUUCAAUCAGCUCUUUCUUGUUCAGCACUCGUGUCUUCUGAUUGUGAGCAAAUGUCCCUAGAAAUUAGGGAGAAAAAAAAAAAAGAAAGGGACAUGAAAACAUGUCUGAGGAAAUCAGGGUCAGCUUCCAAACAAUGUAAAGCUGGCAGCCUAUGUAGCUUUCAUCCUCCAUGUUUUGCCAGUCUGAUAUUUAAGAUAAAUGUUGUAUCCAACUAAUCAGAGCCAAUCAUUGGCAUCAGAUGAAGUCUUACAAUGGGCAAAACUAAGCAAGUGUCUCUAGUUAGCAAAUUACUUUGAAAUCCAGAAUAGGGUCCAAAUUACAUUAUGGACCCUAUCUUGGAACCUUAGUAUGAGCCAUACAAGACAAUAAUAGGUUUUCUCCUGGUAAGAAAUGCAGAAUCAUAAUCUUGUCUGUCGCUGUCAGUCACAAUCAGAACCUGAUCCAAAUCCUGUCAAAGUCAAUGGACUCUCAAUGUCACUAGACUUCAGACCAUUUCCAUAGUGAUCCUUUACCAUUUAAUUCAUUGGGAAUCUUGCUCUUUAUUUGAAUGACUGCAGGAUGAGGCCCAAAAGCCAGCAAGCUGAUUUGUUAAGUGUAGUUCUAGUCUGAAAAGUAGAACCCACCAAGUCAAAGCAGCACCAGACCCUGGCAUAACAGAUGUAAAACCUGCAGUUAUACUGCCACUGCUAAGAUGACCAACCCCCCAGGGACCUACACACGCCAAUCACAAUGUGACGUACCUCAUCCAGUGCACUAAAUGCCCCACUAACAAUGACACGGGUGAAACCAGACAAUUACCAUGCUCUCAACUGAAUUCACACAGAAAAACAAUAAAAGACAAAAACACUAUCACCCAUGGGCAAACACGUUUCACAAAACGACCACUCCAUAUCUGGCCUUUCAGUCCUCAUCCUCAAAGAAAACAUGCACAAGACCUUCAAAAACAAGUCUGGGAGCUUAAAUUCAUAACUUUGCUAGAUGCUAAAAGUGAUGGUCUAAAUAAAGACACUUGCAACAAUCUGUAACCCACUAACCCCCUGUUUUUUGUCCUAUGAGUGUGAAGGUAUUAAUGGACCACCUCACCUUGAAUGGUCACUUAGAAUAUGUGUUAACUAUUUAUGUUAAACAAUCUGUUGUACCUUGUAUUUAGCUGUGACACUGAGUACAUAUCCCAUACCUGAAGAAGAAACUGAACCAAAAGAAAUUGGUCCAAUAGAAGAUAUUAUCUCACCUACCUUGUCUCUCUAGGUAAAAAUAGCAACAGACCUGCUCCCUAUGUUUAUUACAAUCAUCACUGCUUAUUUUAGGGACAUAAGUAAGCUUUUACUGCAUUUCACUCCUGUUAGCCCUGCAGAGCCACACAGCUAAGAGAGAACAAGCUUGAUUAUUUUCCUUCUCUUGUGCACAGUCAGCAGGAUUGCAUGCUAAAAAUCUAAUUACAGGUUAAUUAGUUACACCUGUACAAACUCACUGUGGGAGUUGCACAGGUGGAUAGUGGAGGUAGAAUCUGACCUCAUGCAAUAGUGUGAGAAAGAAAGAAAGCCAGUGCAUGUUGAAUUUGUAGGGCUAUGAAAGGCCAUCUCUGGACUUGUGAAUGAAGCAUGUUUGCCUUGGAACUUUGGAGACAGAAUAAGCACCUCAUUUGAGAGUAUUCCUUUUACAGAGUAUUCCUGGUGAAAGCAGAGGCAAAUUAAGUGAAAACCUGAAGGGAGCCCUGAGGGCUGAUUCUGCUGGACAUUUCAUGGUCUGAUUUUUACAGGGCUUGUAAAAUAGUUCCCUAUAAUAUAUCUAUAUGUAAGAUCAUACCAUAUCAGAUAUGCUAUGUGAAACCCUUACCAACAAGCCACUCUAGUUUCAUGGAGGAGGAGAGAAAAAUGUGAGAGUUGGUGUGAUUUCAGUAGUUAGGCAAUGUAAAAAAUAGUGUUUGUUUGAAGGACUCUUAAGGGAUUCAGCUUAAAGCUUAAUUAAUAAUUCCUUAAAGGCAAGCAAUAUGCUAAAGUUGAAGCUUGGUCAACUAGUACUUCAGUGGGUAUGAAUUAUUUAUCAUAUCAUUUGGUAUAUUUGAUGUGGAAAGUGAUGGCUUUUUUUCUGUGACUGAUAUUGAACUUUAAGGUGCUUAUUAAAAAGCACCUUUUAGACGGACUCUACCCUGAGGAUUCACCAUCAGGAGGCCGUAUGGCAUAGCAAACAGGACAUGGAAAUGUGAUUUGGGUACCUGAGUGUUAAGCUUAGUUCUGUCACUGACGUGUGACAUGACCCUCGGCAAGACACUCAACCUUUCUGCACCUAAGUUUCCCUAUCUGUGAAAUACAGAUAAUGUUUUCUCCACUUUGACAUGUAUAAGAGAACAGUGCUAAGUGGAGCUAUAUAUUUCUACAGCUCUUACAAGAGCUUUAGUUAGUCCUUCAUUGCAUAAAAGCCCACUCUCUAGUAUUUGCUACUAAUGAUAAACAGAUAUGUUGAUAUAAUUAGUGAAACUGAUGAGACUUACCUUUUGGUACCAAAAUCAGAUGUGUUGAUAAUACCUAGCUCUCUUGACCCCUACACCUCAAGGCAUGUUAUUAAGGAGGUAGCAUUAGUCCCAUUUUCUAGCUGGGGAAACUGAGGCACUGUGAAGUGACUUAUCCAAGGUCACACAGCAGAUUCAUGGCAGAACUGGGACUAGAACUCAGGUCUGCUGCCUUCCAGCCUACUUUCUCUAGCCAGUGCAGAGCUGAGCUGCAUUGAUUCAGGGUUUUGCCUAGUUUGACUAAUACCACUAUAGUGGGGUAUCCGUCAGUUUGGAUGAGCUAUUACCAGCAGGAGAGUGAGUUUGUGUGUGUAUGGGGGUGGGGGGGGGUGAGAAAACCUGGAUUUGUGCUGGAAAUGGCCCACCUUGAUUAUCAUGCACAUUGUAGGGAGAGUGGUCACUUUGGAUGAGCUAUUACCAGCAGGAUAGUGAGUUUGUGUGUGUGGUUUUUGGGAGGGGGGUGAGAGAACCUGGAUUUGUGCAGGAAAUGGCCCAACUUGAUUAUCAUGCACGUUGUGUAGAGAGUUGUCGCUUUGGAUGGGCUAUCACCAGCCGGAGAGUGAAUUUGUGUGGGGGGGUGGAGGGUGAGAAAACCUGGAUUUGUGCUGGAAAUGGCCCAACUUGAUGAUCACUUUAGAUAAGCUAUUACCAGCAGGACAGUGGGGUGGGAGGAGGUAUUGUUUCAUAUUCUCUGUGUGUAUAUAAAGUCUGCUGCUGUUUCCACGGUAUGCAUCCGAUGAAGUGAGCUGUCGCUCACGAAAGCUCAUGCUCAAAUAAAUUGGUUAGUCUCUAAGGUGCCACAAGUACUCCUUUUCUUUUUGCGAAUACAGACUAACACGGCUGUUACUCUGAAACCUAAAUAUUACUGUGACUAAGGCUCGGAGGCUGCUUCAGAUAUUACAUAUUGUUGUAUGUUAGGUUUAAACAGUGUAAGCCAUCAUUAAAUAUUUUCAAAAGGUAAGACCAGGACCAUUUCAGUUUGUAGCAACUGAGUCUGAAAAGAUACAAUAGAAGUAUGAAGGGAGAAACUUGGAAUAUUGUUUUAUAUUCCAAGUAACCCACUGAAAGUUGCCUUGGCUCUCCCAUCUAGACCCAGAAUUGGUCCAUGAAAUCAUUCAAAUGCUAAUAGUUCAGCUCAAACUAAAGAAUCAGGCUUGCACAAUUUGUUAUGCUUAAGAAGUGGCAAUUCAAUUCCUCAUAUCAUUUGCAGAGAGCAAUCUCCUUCUAGCAGUUGACUUUUGGUUUCACUGACUAAGCAAGGCAGAUAUGAACUAUCUGGUUUUAAGAUGCUACAAGACCUUGGAUGAGAGCUUAGAUAGUUCUACAACAACAAAAAUUAGGCUGUCACUGUAGCAGUCUGACCACUACUAGCUGACCACUACAGCAUUAAGAAAUUAGAUGGACUGAUUACAACUCACAAAACAGAAUAGAAGUAAGAACAGAAGUAAAAUAUCCCUCCUUUUUUAAGAGUGUGCGUGCACUGGACUGUGUCUAAAAAUCUCUUCAUCCUACCUAGUGUCAUGAUGUAUGGUAUCAGUCUUAAGCAGAAAGUAUGUAUUUUAAAAGAAUCUGUGCACACUAACAGCCUCUACACAGCCUGAUUCCCAGCUUUACCUGCAUGAUCUACCAGUAACCAGAUCCUGGCUGCAACUUGGAGACAGCUAGUGGCUGAAAACUUUACUCACAGUAUAUUAAUUCAUUGUGCUCAUGUUUAGUAUCAUACUCCACAAUGGUUCCAGUUGGACUGCUCAAGGAGUAGGAUACUACUGCAUAUGAGUAAGACUGGCCUAGACCACGCAUUACCCAGUAACACUGUUAAUGAGGCAGUAUAUCUUCAUGUGUUUGGUUACUAAUCUAUCUUCCCUACCUGUACCCAUACAUGUUUCAAGUGGUUCACUUCUACCUCCUCUUAUGAUCCCUGAGGGAAAAGUCAAUCAUAUAUGGGCCUGAUCUGCAGCUGUUUCUCAGGCAAAACUCCCAUUCAGAAGUUUUUGAGCAUGAUUAAGCUUCUUUAUUGAACAUAUUAAUCUUUGACUUGUACAGUACCAAGCACUCAGUUGUUUUAAUGCUAAUCGUACUCUUGCUUGGUUCUCAUUCUCCAAUUUAAACUUGUUUCUCUACUGGUGUCUGAUUUUUAUGUACACUACUGCUGUUUCUCCACCACAAGGUGUACAUGUAUUGGA